AGGAGAAGCAAGGCGAGCCCCUUAGACGCAGUGCUCGCCGAUGAAUGGAUGGCUGCGCGUGGUGCUGCUGGUCCAAGCCGUGGUGAUCACCGCGGGAAGGGGCCGAUACGUUCUAAGAAGCCCCCUGCCUUCUCCGAAGGACGUUCCCCUCGCCAAGGGUCCCUCUCUAAGCCCGCCGCCGAGAGGUGGCCGCGCGCCCAUCGUGUUUUGCCACGGGCUCGGCAUCGGAGUUCUGGCGUACGUCGAUUUCGUGCUCGAGCUGGGCUCGUCCGGCUCGGAGAUGUUCCUUCUGGACAUGAAGCACAUCUCCCUGAGGCAGAACGUUGACAUCCCCUCGUCGCGCGAGACCGUGGCCUGCGUCGUCGACAUGCUCGCCGCCUGGGGGCACAGCGAGGCGCACUUCGUCGGUCACUCCUUCGGGACCGUGGUCGUCUCGUGGAUACUCCGGAACUCGCGGGUCGCUCUGUCUGUCUCCCUGCUUGACCCGAUCUGCUUCUUGCUCUUCAAGCAUGACAUCGUCACCAACGCCCUAGGAGCACGUGGACCCCCUCCAGGUCGUGCUCACGUACCUGGUCUUCCGGGAGCUGGGCGUGGCCUACACCCUCCAGCGGAACUUCUUCUGGCAGCAGUGCGACCUGCCCCCCGAGGACGUCCACUGCCCCGCGCUCGUUCUCCUAUCGGGCAGGGACGAGAUCGUACCCGCGACCACAAUAAAGGUCGGCUCUCCGCGGAGCGGCGGCGGCGCAGGGAGCUGCUGCGGGCGGAGGCCUUGGCGCACAAGGCGCUCGGGAGGGAGAGAGGCCCUGGGCGAUGACGAACGCCGCCUCCUGCGUGGACCUGCACGGCUCCCACGGGCAGCGCGAGUCCGAGGUGCGCGCGGCGAGGGCACCCCUGGAGCUGCUCUGGCAGCCCGACCUCGUGCAUUGCGAGUUUGCCGUGCGGGCUGGCGUGCGUGCGCAGGUGGUGGAGGCGGUGCGCCAGCUGUGCCGAUCGGCAGAGGCCCGGGAGCACUUGAAGGCGCAGCCCCCCGGGUAGCCGGGGGCUUCCCCGCCGGCCGCGGCGCCGGCGCCGGCGCG